GUUAGUUUGCAGAAAUACCCUCUUGUGAUGGCGGAGAGGCCGCGAGGACCCGACAGACCACAAGAUGGUCAAGAAAAGAGCAAGAGACGGAUCCUGAGGUACACCAAGAGGGCGUGGGCUCCUCUAGAUGAGCAGCUGUUUCCUGGCUCUGAGGAGGAAAGUCAGAGGGUCACCAUACCCCUGCUAGAAGAUUCCAAACAGGAAAGUAUCCAGCAGUGGCUAGACUCUGGAUUCUUUGUCUCUGUAAAUGAAAACUUUCAGCAAGUCACCGAUCAUACUGUUUCUUUGCAUGAACAAGGAAUGGUUCAGAUGACUGUGAAAGACUACAUGAGGUCUCUGCAUCAGUUUUCUGAAACUCCCACYCUAUCCAGAGGAACCAGUUUCAAUUCUUGCCAUUCUACCACAAGUGUACCACAAAGCAUUCCUGAAUGGCUGGAAUUUUGGGAAAAAGACCCAGUGGAGAUUCUCUUAGAUCUGGGGUUUGGUGCUGACGAGCCAGACAUCUGCACACAAAUCCCAGCCAGAUUCCUUGGUUGUAGCUCAGCAGCCAGAGGGAUCAACAUCCGUGUUUUUCUUGAAGCUCAAAAGCAGCGGAUGGACAUUGAGAAUCCUAACUUGUAUGGUCGUUUCCGGCAGCUGGAAAUCCUGGACCACGUAACCAAUGCCUUCUCAUCUCUACUGAAUGAUGUCAACCUCCCACAGAGCCCYGCAGAGGAGAAAGCCGGAGGAGACAGGAUUCGAAGAAGGGCAGCGAGUGGGGCUAAAGAGCCUCAAAGAAGAACAAGAAAGAUUUUACRGAGAGCCUCGAGAUGGCAUAUCCAGAGGGACUGUGACCCAGAAGCAUCUGAAUCUUUCAAGAUGAAAGAYAGAAUUUUUAUCCCUUCUGCCAAACCUUGUGAGCGUGGGACAGAGUUACCAGCAGCCUCAAUCAGCCACAACCAAAGCCAUGUGUCUCCUUUGGCGGAGCAUUGGUCUGCGCAAGCCUGUGAUGACUUGACACCUUGUCACCCUCCCCGAGAUCUUCUGGGCAAGCAGUGGCCUCGCUCACCCAUGCUGGCCAAGCAGGCUUCUCUUUCCCACGUGCCUGAGGGAUCAGUCAGGGACAGAGCUCGGAAGGAGAAUUUGAUCCACAUUAACAAGCUCAGGAACAUGCCUCAUCUUGUGGGUAAAGGACCAGACUCCUUUGAAAUGGAAGAGGUCCAGAGCUUUGAAGAAGAGACUGGUAACUCUCUUGACCUGACUUCAGGAACUGUAGGCACCAGGGUGGACAGAACAAACAGCUGUCAGUCCGACAGCAGUGGGUUUCUGGAGGAGCCACCGGAAGCCCCGCCCUUCCAGAUGCCUUCCUUCCCAAGCAGCCAGAGUCCUGCUGAGAACGGAGGCAGAAAGCCAGGGGAUCAGAGCCACAGCUUAGUGUCAUCCCAGGACUGUCAGCAGGAGUCAGAGAGGUCUGGUUCCAAGAGCAUGGUGGGCACAUCUUUUUCUAGCCAAGAUUGGAGCAUCUUGGAGGAAAAGGCUUCAGCAUCUGUGGUGGAGGAAGAGCCUCAGCUUGAGGCCACAGAGGGGCCACCAGAGCUGUUGAUCCCAGACGCGACCCUGGCCAAGAUCGCCACUGGGAAAGAACAUCCAAGGGAAGUCGGCCAUCUGUGGCAGCCCCCGCCAGUGUCCCAUGCUGAAUACGAAGGCCCUGGAACCAUGGUCACCUCCACAUAUUGUGGCCCUCUGGGAUUGGCCCACAUCACAGAAGAGAAGGACAGGACUCUGGGGCCUGAGGGAACAGAGGAAGGGCUCGCACAAGGCCACCACUGUGAGUCUCAAAGUUUUCCUGGGAUUCAUCAGACUCAAGACAAUUUCCCUCAUGUGGACUUGGAGGCCCUAGGAGCAGAAGAGGGCAGCAAGCUCUGUCCCGACACCAGCCACACCUCACCAGUACAAGAGAGGCCACCACAGCAACUUCCUAAGCACAGAGAAGUCACGUCCUGUUCAGUUGACCUUGGCCAAACAUCUGACAGGUCUGUUUCCCACCUCAAUAAACUGCCUGGAGAUGUUCCCACCGACUCAAACGCUGGCCGCUCCCAGGCUGUGUCGGCCCAGAUGUCCUCUAAUCUGGUGUCAGCUGCUCACAGUGCCAUGGCCUUGGGGACUGACUGUGGAAGCACAGAUUUAGAAUGCACUCUGUGUGACCCUCUGACUACCACAGGACCAAGACUAGGGACAGAAGCGAGACAGGUCGCUGAUGUUUCUGUUCAGACUUACACCUGUGAAUCCCAGCCCUGGUGUUGCUGUUCAUCCCCAAGUGACAAGGCCUUCGCUCAGAGGUCCCUGCCCCUCACCAAAUCGGUCUCUCUGGACACGGGUUUCCCUAGUCUUUACCCAGUGGGCACCUGCCACACGACACCCACCCUCUGCUGUGUCUGCUGUCAUCACCAUCCCCACUGCUGUGCUGAAAGGCCCAGCCUUGGCCCUGCACCUCCAGCCUGUAGGCACGGCCUGGGCUCACACACAGAUCACCCAGAAGCCCAGUUCACGAAGACCUUGAAAGCCCUUCAGGAAGCCGCCAUGAGGGAGCUUUGUUCUUACACGGUCCUCGAGAUGGAAGCCAUGAAGACUGUAUGCCAGAGUUUCCGGGAGCAUUUAGAGGAAAUUGAGCAGCACCUCACAGGACAGCAGGCACUUUUUUCCAGGGACAUGUCGGAGGAGGAAAGGGAAGAGGCUGAACAACUUCAAACUUUGCGUGAGGCCCUGAGGCAGCAAGUGAAAGAGCUGGAGUUUCAGUUAGGAGACCGGGCUCAGCAAAUCAGAGAAGGACUUCUAUUGCAGCUGGAGUUUCUCACGGCGGAGCCUCCUGAACACUAUACACACCUGCAGCAGCAAAACUGGACAGAAGAAAACAGUAGCCAGACUUCAAGUGCUAACACCCACACAGCCAUGGACGAUGGCCAGCAGCCUCCCUGCUCAGGUGAACUUUUGUCCAAAGAGAUGGAGCCUUUU